ACUUUGUUUGAUUUUGUUCCUUCUUCCAGUUCAUUGCUAGCACUGAGGUUUUCGACACUUUCUGGAAAAGCUGGUUUGUUGGUGUUAUAUCUGCUCACAGAGGAAAGGAUGUUGGCUAACAGAGUCUCUAAGCGUUUAUUGGUGGGAUUGCAGCCUGUUUUCAAAACUCCCCAUGUUUUACCUUCCUCCUACCUCUCAGCCCAAAAUGCAAGGAAGUUUUCCAUCAGCUCAAAAUGCUAUCAAGAACAAUCCCCAGAACCAUCGGAUGGCGAGUCUUCUGCUUCUAAAAAGAAGGACGAAGGCUCGAGAUACUACGUUCCUUCCUCCCAAAAAAGAAAGCCAUUAAGUCGAGUCACAAUUGGCAGCAGCACAGACAAUGCUCGAUUCAGACGUGCAUCUGAUACUAUUGAAUUUUCUUCCUGGAAAGCUGGUAUUUUAUUUGUGACAUUAGGAACUGGACUAUACUUUUUCUUUAGAUAUCAAAAAGAAAAAAUGGAUCUUCAGCGUAACGAAGAAUCGAAUCGUGGUUAUGGCAAACCACUAAUUGGAGGCCCAUUCAAUCUAAUUGAUCAAGAUGGAAACCCUUUUUCAAGUGAUAACUUGUUGAACAAAUUUUCUUUGGUUUAUUUUGGAUUCACUCAUUGUCCUGAUAUCUGUCCUGACGAGUUGGAUAAAAUGUCUGCCUGUUUGGAUAUCUUGAAAUCUAAAUACAAUAUUGAUAUACAACCAAUUUUUAUUACUUGUGAUCCUGCAAGAGAUUCUCCUGAAAUACUAAAAGAAUAUUUAUAUGAAUUCCAUAAAGAUAUUAUUGGCUUAACUGGGCCUUAUGAAGAUAUUAAGAAUAUUUGCAAAGCCUAUAGAGUUUACUUUUCAACUCCUCCUGACCUCAAACCUGGCCAAGAUUAUUUAGUUGAUCAUUCAAUCUACUUUUAUUUAAUGGAUAAAGAUGGUGAAUUCAUUGAUGCUUUAGGUAGGAAUUACACUGAAGAAACUAUGGCCGAACAUAUCAAGAAUCAUGUUGAUGCAUUUGUAUCCAAAGAAAUUAGAGAAAAAAGGAAACAAGGAUGGUUCAGCUUUUUAUAUUAGCAUGUAUAAAUAUAAUCAGAAAAC